GACGUCACAGACUCACAGACGUCACCACCGCCGCCACAGAGGCAGAGAGGCAGCAAACCUCGGUUGGUUGACACAAACGCUGCACACGCGCGUGGACGGGCGCAAUAAUAGCUGAGACAUGGCAAAAUAACAGCAGCAAAAGGCGGACACGCCGCAGAGAGCUGCUGCAGCUGCGCAGGAAUGCCCACCCUGCAUCCCCGCGGAGGAAAAUGAAGCGCAAAAGCGAGAGGAGACGAGCCGAGUCCAGGAAAAAGCGCUGUGCGGCUCACAGCAGCCCAGAGGCGGAGCCAAACUCGGAGAUUUACAUUGAGAUAACAGAUCAACUGUACUUUGCCAUGCUUCAGCAAAAGAUGAAAAGCACAAGCGACCGACACUGUUUCUGCAUUGAUGAAGAGCUUGCAUAUGAGAACUUCUAUGCAGACUUUGGCCCCCUUAACCUGGCCAUGUUUUAUCGCUUCUGCUGCAAGCUGACAAAGAAGCUCAAGUCCAUAACACUCUCAAACAAGAAGAUCAUCUUUUAUACCUGUGGAGACCAGAAAAAACAAGCCAAUGCAGCCUAUUUAAUAGGAUCAUAUGCAGUAAUGUACCUGAAUAUGACUCCAGAGGAGGCCCACAGUCUGCUGGUCUCCAGAAAUUCAGCAUAUAUUCCUUUCAGAGACGCUUCAUUCGGGACGUGCAUGUACAAUCUGAACAUCUUAGAUUGCCUUCGGGGUGUUCACAAAGCUCUGCAAUACGGCUGGCUGGACUUCUCCAACUUUGACGUGGAAGAAUACGAGCAUUACGAGCGAGCAGAAAACGGAGACCUGAACUGGAUCAUUCCAGGGAAGUUCCUUGCUUUCAGUGGGCCGCAUCCAAAGAGCAAAAUAGAGAAUGGGUACCCUCUCCAUGCUCCUGAGGCCUACAUCCCAUACUUCAGGAAGCACAACAUCACCACCAUUAUCAGACUCAACAAAAAGAUGUACGAUGCCAGACGGUUUACGGACUCUGGCUUUGAACAUCACGACCUGUUCUUUGUGGAUGGAAGCACGCCCAAUGACUCCAUCGUCCGGAAGUUCCUCAACAUCUGUGAGAGUGCAGAGGGAGGCGUAGCAGUCCACUGCAAGGCUGGUCUGGGGAGAACCGGAACCCUAAUUGGCUGCUACAUGAUGAAGCAUUACUGCCUGACUGCAGCAGAGGCCAUCGCCUGGAUACGGAUCUGUCGACCGGGUUCUAUUAUUGGGCCGCAGCAGAACUUUGUUGAAGAGAAGCAGAACAGCUUGUGGGCAGAAGGAGAUGUUUUCCGGGAGAAAAUGCUAAAGGAGCGAGAGAACGGGAAGAAGGCCGUGACCAGAAUUCUGUCUGGGGUGGAUGAAAUAACCAUAAAUGGGAGCAACAACAACAGGACAGCCAGGAAAGAGGAAGUGGAAUCCUACAAUGAUGAGGAGGAGAGAAACGGCCUCACGCAAGGCGAUAAACUCCGAGCUCUGAAGAGCAAGAGGCAGGCCAAAGCAUCAUCAGGCUCCCUGUCGCCGCUGGCAGUGUUCUGCUGCAGCCUCAUUGGCACGGCCUGGCCGAUGUGCUGCCUGCCUUUGAAAAGAUAGCAGAAAGAGGCAGAGAAAGAGUGGGGGAGAGGAAAAAAGGGGAGAGAAAAUGGGAGGUUUUGUAUGACGAAGGUAAGUGCAUGACACUCUUCUUCUCUCUAGCUGAGUUUCACUCCCUGUGGACAAACGCUGCUAAUGCCAGUGAGUGGUACGGCUUACAGUGCAGCUGAUUUAAAAGUCUGUUUCUUGUUUUUGCCCCCGUUUGUCUUCCUUUUUCUGGAUGUUAAGUGAAAAUGAAUGUGUUACGUUCACAAGCCUCUCAUUGUCUGCUUCAUAGACUUAAUGUUUUGACGGCGAUUUCAAGCAGAAUUAUUCAAACUGGAAAAAUAAAGAUCCAAACAUUAAUUUUCAUAGCAACAUUUAAACAAUUUACAUCCUUAUUUAGUAUACUUUUUCAAUAUCUGAAGCUUUGUGCAAACUUUUUAAGAAUAUUUAGUGAAUUGUUUCUACAUAUUGUGAACACUUGAGGGAAAAUUGGAAUGAAAAUGUGUCUUUUAAUGCAUUUAAAUCAGGUGUGAGUUGAGGCAGAAGGGAGAUUUGCUUGCACUUUCAGGUUCCACGUUGCAGCAUCGUAUGCACUGCUACCUAAACACCUUUUUUCCAGCUGGAUUUCACCAUCUGGCUCCACUGUUUGUUGUGUUGCGUAACACUGAAGUGCAUGUGGAAGUCCAGCAGUGUUUAGAACUGUGGCUAUGCUAUGCAAGCCUCUCCUCAUCUUUUCUGCCUUUCCAUGCAUGACAGCAGCAGGCACAACACCCCCGGACAUGCACUCAUGCACGUGCCUCUGUUUAAAUCUGUUUGUGUCUAACAUGUAAUUAAUGUCGGGCUGGGAUCAUUGUCUGUUGCCUUUUGUUUUUUUUCAUUGCUCUCAUGACUGGAUUGAUGUAAGUGUAGAGCUUUCAUCCCUUUUUGGUCACUUUUUUACUAAAAUAUAACCUUUAAUUAGAAUAUUUGCUAUUAUUGUUUAAUAUUAGCAUCUUAAAUGAAAGUUCGAACAGAAAUUUUGUGUAUUUUGAGAUUAAUCUAAUCCAGUCGCAAUGGAAAAGCACAACAUCAGAGGCUUUGUGUCCUGCCCAGACGUCUCCUGUCUCUCCUUCCUCUUUUUUUUUUUUUUUUUCCAUUUGCUCUUGUUGUUGGAUUUGUCCUCCUUUCAGAUGGCUGGUAGCCAUGCUGCUCUCCUCCCUGUUUAGCCUUGCCCUGUGGUGGAUUGUGUAUGGCUUCCCUUCUUCCAUCCUGCAUUUCUGUAUAGACGGGUUAGGAUUUCUAUGAGCCCUACCACCCGUCAGACCCCCCAAAAA